AUGGAAGCGUCCAACAAAUCGUCACACAACCUCUUCGAGGUUUUCUUGCGUCUCAGGCCGCCCCCAGUAUCGGCCGGUGGUGCAGAGCGCAUUCUCAACGUGGAGCCUCCCGAGGCAGCCGACGAGGAUAGGAAGGAGAGCGAGAUCGGUGGUGCCUCGCACGUCACACUGAACCCGCCUAGCGACCGUCGCCGUGCCAUCGAGAGGUUCGGCUUCACACGCGUCUUUGAGGAGCAGUCGACGCAGCUCGAUGUGUUCAACAGCACCCAGAUUCCGUCGUUCAUCCAGGGCGUUUUGGCGCCUCAUGGUGGCGAGGGCACAGAUGCAGUGGUUGCCACUCUGGGCGUUACUGGCUCAGGAAAGACACACACCAUUUUGGGCUCCAAGACUCAGCGCGGUCUGGCUCAAAUGUCCCUCGACGUCCUCUUCCAAUCCAUCGGCCCCAACAUGCUGGAUAGUUACGACGUUGCCGCCUCAACAGAAUCGCUCCAGUCCUGCGACCCCUCCGAGGCAUCGCUCGUCCCCGCCGUACACUUCCUUGAGGCAGCAUGCGCAGACUCGCUGCAUGGGUCUCGGUCUCGCGCGCCCACCCCUAUGAUUGGCGAAUCCAUCGGACGCAUGUCCCCUGCGCCGACCCGACGAAACAUGCAGAGGCCCUCAACUCUACCGCAGACCCCCGACGUCAGCAGCAUCCAGCUCUUGUGUGAUCCGUUGGCCGAGUACGCCGUCGUCCUAUCCAUGUACGAGGUGCACAAUGACCGCAUUUAUGACCUCCUCACCCCGCCAUUCAAGUCAGCCACAUCCAAGGACGUCCGCCGCCGCCCCCUCCUAUUCAAGUCGACCGAGCUGUCGCCUGAUCGCAAAGUCGUCGCCGGCCUGAGAAAGGUGGUCUGCACGACCUUCAAGGAAGCCAUCAUGGUGCUUGAGGCUGGUCUCCAGGAGAGGAGGGUCUCGGGUACGGGGAGCAAUAGCACUUCCAGCCGCAGCCACGGCUUCUUCUCCUUCGAGGUCAUGAAGCGUACCCACAGCCGCGGUUCUGGUUCCUGGGGUGGCAAUCGACUCACCAUUGUCGAUCUUGCUGGUAGCGAGCGCGCGCGCGAUGCCAAGACGGCCGGUGCGACGCUGGCUGAGGCCGGCAAGAUCAACGAGAGUCUCAUGUACCUUGGCCAGUGCCUCCAGACGCAGAGUGAGGCUGGUACAUCAUCCAAGCCCAACAUUGUGCCCUACCGACAGUGCAAGCUGACAGAGCUCCUGUUCUCCAACUCCUUCCCCUCCCCUUCAGCGGCAGGGCACUCCCACGUGCCCCGCCGCAACCCGCAACGCGGUGUCAUGAUAGUCACAGCCGACCCGUUAGGCGACUUCAACGCGACGUCCCAGAUCCUCCGCUACUCGGCCCUGGCGCGGGAGGUGACAGUCCCACGUAUCCCGUCCAUCACGGCCACCAUCUUGGCCAACGCUCCCCCAGCCAGCCCCGCCCAGCCGCCGAGCCCUAUUCAGCCAACCUACCACCCCCGGCCAUUCAUGCCGCCCGGCAGCAACGGAUCGUACCAUAACGUGACGCCCGACGAGCGCGUGACCAUGGAGCUGGCCGCACUGGAGAUUGCCCGUCUGAGUGACGAUAUAGAUCACCUGCGCAGCGAGGUGGAACAACAGAUGGAGGCUCGCAUGACAGCCGAGGCGCACCUGCUGUCCAUGGAGGACCGUAUGCUCGACCUCGAGGCAGCCAUCCGCGACGACUGCGCCUCUGAAUUCGAGCAGCGCCUCGCCAUAGAGCUGGCCCGCUUCAAGGCCUCGCUUGCGGUGGAGCAGGAGCGCAGCGAAGAGUACUGGAACAUGAAGGUCGAUGUUCUCGAGCGCGGUCUUGAGCCCCAUGAAGACGGCGAUAAGGAGAACGUCCUGGUCGAGAGUCUUGAGGAGGAGGUUGAGAGGCUGAGGCGCGAGAAUAGCGUGCUCAGACGCGAACUUGCCGGUCGCAGCCCCAGCAAGCGCAGACCCCUCGAGGAGAGGGAAGACUACUCCUUCAUGUCCAGGUCUUCGGCAUCGUCAUCGCCGCAGCAGCAGCAAACUUCGCCGUCAAAGACGUCGCAGUCAAAGAACGACAAUAAUGGUGCGGUGGCUAACCUCGGACGUAAACUCGAGAGGAUGCACGUCAGUGGAGGCACUGGUGCCAAUGCGCCCAGCGGGCUGAGGAAUGCUAGUGCUGCUAGUAAUGGGAGCCCGAAGAAGGCGAGGAGGCUGGGCAAUAAGAAAUGGGAGUACGACGAUGAGUAG